CCAGCGAGUCCUUAUGGGGAAGAAAUCUUGUCAGUGCUUGGCGUGUGGAAAUUCUUUUGCUCACCAGCUGGACCUUGUGACCCAACAGGGAAUCCAUGUUGAUGAGAGGACCUAUAAAUGUCUGGAAUGUGGAGACUGUUUUGAACAGCAUGCUGCCUUUGUGAGCCACUGGAGGGUCCACACAGGAGAGGAACCUUACGAAUGCCUGGAGUGUGGGAAACGUUUUCCUCGGCCUUCGGCCCUGGUGAAACAUUGUCGCGUCCACACAGCAGAGAGACCCUACGCAUGUUUGGAGUGUGGCAAGUGCUUUGCGCAACAGUCCUAUCUUCUUACCCAUCAGAAAAUCCACACGAGAGAAAAACCCCACAAAUGCUUGCAGUGUGGAGAAUGUUUUCCCGACAACCCAGCCUUUGUGAGGCACCAGCGAGUCCACACAGGGCGGAAACCUUACAAAUGCUCUGAAUGUGGGAAGUGUUUUGCUGACAGAUCGCAUGUGGUGACUCACCUGAGAGUCCACAAAGGAGCAAACCCUUAUAAAUGCUCAGAGUGUGGGGAAUCUUUUGACCAGCACUCUGCCCUUGUCAGCCACUGGAUAUUCCAUACAGGAGAACAACCUUAUGAGUGCCUGGAGUGUGGGAAAUGUUUUCCUCGGCCCUCAGCUCUCGUAAAACACUGCAGAGUCCACACAGCUGAGAAGCCUUUCACGUGUUUGGAGUGUGGGAAAUUUUUUGCCCAGCAAUCAGGUCUUGUAAAACACCAGCGAGUCCAUACAGGAGAAAAACCUUACGCAUGCUUGGCAUGUGGGAAAUGUUUUGCUGAUAGCUCGUCUCUUGCAAGGCACAAAAGGGUUCACACAGGAGAGAAGCCCUAUAAAUGCUCAGAGUGCGGGAAAUGUUUUUCGGACAGGUCGAACGUUUUGGCUCACAUGCGAGUCCAUACAGGAGAGAAACCUUACAAGUGCUUAGAGUGUGGGAAAUGUUUUUCCCAUCGAUCACACAUAGUGAAACACCAGAAAUUCCACAUGAAAGAGAAACUCUCAAAAUACCAGCAGCCCUUGGGGGUAGACAUGUCUGAAUUACCUCUUCAUAGGACUAUCAAAGAAGAAGUGCUAUAA